UAACGGACUAUAACCCCGACUAGUUUGUUGCAGUCGCUCUCAGGGAGAAGGUGCUUUUUUAGGACAGUAUUUUGAAUACAGAGACAAACGGAAGUGAAAAGAAACGGCAAGACCAAUUGAGUUGAUAAAAACUACAACAAUUACACAGUUUUAACUUUCUCAAUUCGCACCGUGGUUCGCACACAAGUACAUAAAUGGUUUCACAUCUCAACUAUACACUCCCGGCGUAAAUAUCUAACACAUGUAAUAUCUUGCGUUCUAUCCAGAAACUGUGUUGCUUGGAGGCAUUUACCUUGGGAUUAGCAUCCAGCUAAUAGUCGAAAGAAAAUUUACACUUCGGGAUUAUCUUCGGUGGUAGCGUGCACGAAGAAGGAGUUGUGUGUGAUCUUAAGGACCUGCACGUGCGCCCAGUGAAUUUAUAUCGUUUGACGGCAAAUGUAAAUAAGUCGAAUAAUUACCAAAUAAUCAAUGUGCUAACAGUUUGAUGAAAAUCCUUUGUUCAUUCGUGUAACAGAGACGGCAAAGGACGGCUACAUGCAUGUCAUUCAGUAGCCACAUGGUCUGGUCAAUAAUAGAUGGUUUGCUCUUCGUGAUGAUAAUAUGUGGGAACGUCCUAACGAUACUAGCGAUCAGGCUGAGCCGACGUCUGAGGAACGUAACAUCGAACUAUUUUGUUCUGAGCUUGGCAAUUUCCGAUUUUCUGGUAGGUCUAUCGCUGCCUUACCACCUCGCAUUUUACGUUCUAGACCAUUUGAGCCAUGUGAAAGUUGCCUGCAUCGCAAGAUUUGUUUUCAUAACCCUCGCAUGUUCCGCGAGCAUAUACAACUUGAUCGCUAUUGCGGUAGACAGAUACAUAUCAAUCGUCCACCCCAUGAAGUACACGAGAUACAUGACGAGGCGGGUGGUUUACACAAUCAUAACUAUAGGUUGGAUAACAGCGAUUGGUAUUUCAACCAUACCAACAUACUGGAAUUGCUUUGACAACGCCGGUGCAAUUUGCGAGAUGGACACUAUCCUACCCAGAUAUUACACGGUUGCUGUACUGACACCAAUGCUCUUCCUUACGUGGAUUGCAAUGUUCAUAAUAUACUGGCGGAUUUGGAGGGAGGCUAGCACUCAUGCUCGAAGAUUAAGAGGCAACACUUUGUACAACGACUCAGCGAGCGAUUGGAAGAGCGUCCAGGUAGUUUUGCUCGUCCUGGGAUGUUUUUCAGUAUGUUGGCUACCAUACCUGAUAGUGGCCUGUACGCGGGCUUAUGAGUGGCAGAACAAAGCAUCACCAACAUUGUACAAAGCAACGUUUUCUCUAGCAAUGGCGAACAGUGGGAUGAAUCCGAUUAUUUAUGCAUGGAAAAAUGCAAAUUUUCGAAAGGCAUUCAACAAGUUGUUACAUUUUGAAUCACCAAACUGCAACGAGUUUAAUUCAAGCUUGAAGAACUACUUGAGUAAACAGAAGGAACUUAGGAAGAAGGAAUUAGGCGGUGUCGAUCCUGCGAUUCAGGCCGUGGAAAACCACGGAAUUAAAACAAUAUGUGGCAAUUACUCUUUCGAAAUGGAAGAAACGGCAACGAUGACAACUGUAUAAAUUACCUGUUACCGAAUAACUUUUUUAAGAAAAUCUAUUCGGCUGGAUAUUUACUGAAAUUUAUCACCAAUCACCAUAAUUAAACACAAAGUUUGAUAGCUCAUGGUAAUCCUAUCUACGCCCUGAAGUGGGACAUAAAGGCCAAAAUGACAAGGUACACUGAUGAUUAUCAGUGUUAAAAUAUAACACCUAACAAAUA